ACAUGCAGUGAAUUCUCACCGGUUGAGCAGUAGCGUGUUUGGCAGCAUUGAUAUCUUUGGAGUUUAAUAAGGGGCGCUAAUCGGAAACUUGAAUCUUACGAUGGGCUGGUAUUGCGAUUGUGAAUGUAGCCUUCAAUCUUCAUAAAUCUAUUGAGUCUUUGGUUGGUUCGCUGCCACUGAGACAUCCAUUGCGAUGGCGGAAUGAAUGCACGCUACUGCUGAAUAGCGAGGGACCGUCAAACAAAUGCUAUGGGACUGGAGGUCUUGCUAUAUGUACCCAAUGUUAUUGGGUUAGACGGCUGGGCGGCUCGACGAUUCAACCAGACCUCAGAGUUUGGAGCUUGGCUGGAUGUGGUGGUGGAUAACCUGGGGCGGAGCAUGCUGUGGACCAUGCUGUUUGAGUGGGGCUGGCUGGUCUCGUCCUUGGAGUGGUGCGUAUUCGUGUGUAAUCACCAUGCCCGCGGCGCUCAGUGGAAGAAUAGCUUCUCGGAAAGCCCUCGUUGGGUCCAGGCUGUCAUGACUAAAGGUUUUAAGACGCCACUGGGUGUCCUGGUGAUUGGCGGACUGCAUGUCCUCCCAGUCUGGCUUUACGGGUACCAGCUGGGGGUGCUGACGGAGCCCCUCUGUGUCCCAGACUGGCUGCAGGUGCUGGGCAUCCUGCUGCUGGCCAUGGGGCGGGUGCUAUGCUUCGCUGUGGAGGUGUGGUGCAUAUGGAGUCAUGUCAGAUUCCUCACCAGAGAGGACAACCAGGUGGAGAGGAAGGAGUGAACCAUCUGGGACCCACACUCCCAACCACUGGGGUCUCACUGGGGACACAAGUCCAGUGGGGGAGGGACCACAGGGAGGGACGGUGGGUUGUUCAACUCUAUACUGUCAGGGCUGGAAAAAGCAGAGAAGACCAAAAAGGAAGUGUCUUUUAUGUCUUUUAUUAAAAUGAAGAACUCUUCAAUACAAAACAACUAGGUGCACUAGGUGUUCUGUUAUAUUUAGUAAUUCUCACAACCUGUGUGUCUAACACAUUGGAAUUGGAUCUCAAGAGUCUGAAAUUACAGUUUUUCCCGAUUGCUAAGACACAUUUUCUGAAACCAUUCACCACUUUCUCAAAACUACACACACAUUCUCAAAACGUCAUUCUCAUCUGUACAACCAGCUAACUUUCCGGUCGAAAUCAAACUUUUCCCUCAUACAAUACACACAAGCAAUCAAAAGCACUGUAAGAUUUUGGUCCAGAUCCCUAAACUA